AGGAAAAUGCCAACAACAGCAAUUCAUCUGCUGGGAAACCAUCACAUGAUAUAGAUCUGAAAGUAUCUUAAAGAUAAAAUACUGCAUAUUAUAUAAUUUCCAGCAUAUGUGAGAUAACCAUUGCCAGAAUUUAAACCAAUUGAAUUUCUUCCCGACUUAUAUACUACCUGUACUGAAAAGAGGACUAAGAAAACUGAGCAGCAGAUACUAUCCUCUCGGCCGUUGGUGGUGAUCGAGAAUAUAUAUACUUUACAUGUCCCUUUAGUGAGAUGACUCAGAAUAAUGCAAGGGUACAAACAAGUCGAAUCGGUGCAUUUAAAUUUCUCAAAAACUGCGUUUAUUAGUGAAGUGUCAUUAUAAAUUCCCAAGAUGCAGUCGGUGUAGAUCUAUGCAUGUAAAGUUUCUUUACAAAACAAAGCUUCUCAAUACCAAUACGCCCUCAGGAAUAUAUAAAUACCAGUUCUCAAUCAUUAUCUCUGAAAGAUUCGCCAUAUCACCAGUGCCGUCAGGGUUGCCGAGUGGGUCAACAGAAAGUGCUACCUACCAGUAUAAUAACGAUUGGUCGGCAAAUUCUUGCCGCCCGCAGUAAACUACAAAGUCACUCUGAGAAAGCGCUAUACUAAACCCAGUGCGAGGGAUACUCCAGCCAUAGGCAAACAGGCAGAUUGACCGACCUACCUCUAAGGGAAGCCUCGAGUGGUUUUGUUUGUGUGCGAGCCGAAAGAUAAGGCGACUACGACAAGUCAGUUGCGUUUUAGAACGCUAGAAGUGCGGACAUAGUAAGCAGAUAAGAUUCAAUAUGAUCGGAAUAUAUUUACUGAUCGGUGCAGUCACGCUGCUAUAUGUCUACCUCAAGUGGACAUUUAGCUACUGGGAUCGCAAGGGAUUUCCGUCGACGGGGGCGAGCAUCCCGUUCGGUGCCCUGGAAUCCGUGACAAAGGGUAAGCGAUCCUUCGGAAUGGCCAUCUACGACAUGUACAAUUCGACGAAGGAACCGGUGAUCGGAAUGUAUCUCACUUUGAGACCGGCCCUGCUGAUUAGAGAUGCUCAACUGGCCCACGAUGUGUUGGUCAAGGAUUUUGCCAGUUUCCACGAUCGUGGUGUGUAUGUGGAUGAGAAGAACGAUCCCAUGUCCGCGAGCCUGUUCCAAAUGGAAGGAGCCAGUUGGAGGGCCCUACGCAACAAACUGACGCCCUCGUUUACGUCCGGAAAACUGAAGGCCAUGUUCGAGACAUCGGAUUCGGUGGGUGACAAGUUGGUGGACUGCAUUAAGAAGCAAUUACCGGCGACGGGCGCCAAAGAGCUGGAACUCAAGAAGCUAAUGGCUACAUACGCCAUCGACAUUAUAGCCACGACUAUUUUUGGACUGGACGUUGAUAGCUUCGCGGAUCCCAACAACGAAUUCCAGGUUAUAAGCAGAAAAGUGAACCGAAACAACUUCGAAGAUAUAAUUCGUGGAGCAUCUAGUUUCCUGUAUCCCGGCCUGGAGAAGUUCUUUGUCCAAAUCGGCUGGAAACAGGAGGCGACAGAAAGGAUGCGUGAGUUGUCCAACCGAACCGUCGAUCUCAGAGAACAGAACAAUAUAGUUCGCAAAGAUCUGCUGCAACUUCUGCUGCAGCUGCGCAAUCAGGGACAGGUCAACACCGACGAUAAUGUUUGGUCGGCGGAAAGUUCGAAGAACGGAGAAAAGUCCAUGUCAAAGGAUUUGAUUGCUGGCCAGCUAUUCCUCUUCUACGUUGCCGGCUACGAGACCACAGCCUCCACAACAUCAUUCACGCUAUACGAGCUAACCCAAAAUCCGGAAGUGAUGGAGAAGGCCAAGGAGGAUGUUCGCAGUGCCAUCGAAAAGCACGGCGGACUGACAUACGACGCCAUCUCGGACAUGAAGUACCUGGAGGCCUGUGUGCUCGAGACUGCCCGCAAAUAUCCCGCUCUGCCAUUGUUAAACAGAAUCUGCACCAAGGAUUAUCCUGUGCCCGAUAGCAAGCUGGUGAUCAGGAAGGGUACGCCCAUCAUAAUCUCCCUAAUCGGAAUACACCGGGAUGAGGAGUACUUCCCCGAUCCGCUGCAAUACAGACCGGAACGCUAUCUGGAGGAUGCUAAAGACUUCAACCAGGCGGCAUUUUUGCCAUUUGGCGAGGGACCCAGAAUGUGUAUCGGCGCCCGCAUGGGAAAGGUGAAUGUGAAGAUAGCGAUUGCCAAGAUUUUGUCAAACUUCGAUCUGGAGAUCCGGAAGGAAAAGCGUGAGAUUGAGUUUGGCGUGUAUGGAAUACCGCUGAUGCCCAAGUCAGGUGUUCCCGUCCGUUUGUCACUCAAAAAGUAGUUCCUAGUCUUGCAAUAUAACCAUGUAAACCCUCUAAUAAACGUGCAAUUUGUAAUGAAAA